CAACUUUAUUAGAUGAUUUUGGCGUUAAUUAUAACGAUACUUUUUUAAUCCGAUUUUUUUUGUUCCAUUCUCCGAAAAUAAUGAAUUAUUAAAUUACAUAUAUACAUAAAAAAUUUUCUCAAUAUGGUUCUUCACAAUUUCGAGGUUUAUAAAUUUUUUUUUUUCCUAAAAUAUAAAAAUUAUUUAUUAUUUUUUUUUUAUUCUGAAAGUUAGAUAUCAAAUACGAAAUCAUGUCUAAGAAUAUUACCCUUUCCUGUCUUAUUCAAGGGACAAGCCUUGAUAAGUAUUUCAAGAUUACUAUCGAUAAGAAUAGUGACAUUUCUGACCUUAAGGAAACCAUUUGGAAUAAAAACAAGAACACCUUUUCCAGUAUUGAUGCUAACAGCCUAAUUCUAUGGAAAGUAAGAAUCCCCAUCAGCGAUAAGGAGAAGUUCAAACAACUUAACUUCAACGAGUCAACUAUCGAGGGUGAUUUAAGUGGUACUAAGAUAGAUGAUGCAACGGAUGAAGUUAAAGAUGUCUUUUGCGAUUCUCCCAUAGGAAAACAUAUUCAUAUUAUCAUUGGACAAUCUAUCACUGAAAACUCUACAACUACCACACACGCAUUGAAUCAAGAGACGCAAAGUUUAGCUCAACAGACGGGAGCAAUGUAUUCGAAAGAAGAAUCGAACGAACGUAACGGUAGAAGCUUAUUUUCAGUGAUAUUUAUAGUGUUGCUAUAUUAUUCUGAGAAAUUUCUAAUGACCAUCCUCCUUCUUAUACCGAACAAUACGAUUUCAAUUUGGCUUGUUUAUUUCAACAAGUUUUUAUUUUUCUUAAAAUCGAAAUAUAUUUAUACUGAUUUAAAUAUACCAUCUCACUCAUUUCUCAAAGACAAUCUUUUUUUUAACCGUGAAACAUCUGACAUUUCCAAAAAUGACCAACCCGAUAAGAAAAAUUCUUGUGAAUAUAUUACUAAUACGAGAUCCAGACAAUCAUCACUUAACAACUCAUCACAAUCUGAUUUUAGACUAGGUUUAAAUUAUGAUGAAACAAAUCCAUUCGGACUUUCGUUAUUUGAUCAAAAUAGACAGAAUAAUGAAAUUAAUAAUCGAGCUGGAUUUAAUCUAUCCGGUCAAUCGUCAUGUACUUGCAAAAUUCUUUUAUUGGGUGGAACUGGAACCGGAAAGUCAACGAUCAUUAAUAUGAUGGCAAAUUAUUUUCUGGGUGGUACUUUAGAAAAUCCAAAAGUUGUUAUUCCAACUAAAUACUUUAAAGUUACUGAAAAUGCUUUUGGAAGAAAUGAUACUGAAGCGAAAGUUGGAGAUGUAACCAGAAGCCAAACUACAAAAUGCUGCAACUACGAAUUUAAACACCCAGAAAAUCCAUCUUGUAAUUUUGUCUUCAUCGAUACUCCAGGAAUGAGCGAUACGAAUGGUAUAGAGCAAGAUGACAAGAAUAUUCAAGAGAUUAUUAAUACAGCAAUUGAUGCCGGAUCAUUAACUGCCAUCAUUAUUAUUGCUAGUGGUACCGAAGCUAGAGUAACUCCAACAAUAAAAAAUACUUUAACUCGCCUAGCGAACAAUCUUCCUGAUGAAAUUAUCUCAAAUAAUCUCUUACUUAUUUUAACGAAGUGUACAAAAUCUAGUGCUAGUUUCUCUGAGGAUGCUUUUGCAAAAGAAAUCGUAAAACCAAAGAAAAUUUUUUAUAUGGACAACCAAAUUUUCUGCGCCGAUCCUCAAAUUUGGCUAAAUGAUGAUGAUGAAUAUUCUACCGUUAAACACCAAUGGGAUAAAUCUUUUAAAACAUUCAGUAAUCUCUUAAAAAUAAUCCCAGAAAUGAAUGAUACUUCAACUAAAGCCUUUACAAAAAUGAGAGAACUUCGUAAUAAAAUUAAAUCGGAAAUCGUUACAAUUUCUCAAAUCACCACAAAUAUUCAACAAGUACAAGACAAACUUGAAGCCGCCUAUAAAGCUUUGCAGAAAACUGGCGAUCAAAAAAAUUCAUUCGCUAACUAUACAACAACUGAAGAAAUAACAAUUAAGAAACCAAUUCAAAAAGAUACUAAAGACACACUUUGUACCACUCAUAUGAGAGAUGGAAUAAUUUGUCAUGAAAAUUGUCAACUUGAAUUUAAUUUUGAAAGUGGAUCAAAUAAUUUUAUUAGUUGUUCUUGUAUGGGACAAGAUGGUAAAUGUAAAGUAUGUGGAUGUGGCCCUUCAAGUCACUAUCAUGAUAACACUGAAAUGGUAACCGAAACUAAGACAAUUGAAAAAGUUCUUGAAGAUAUAAAAGCGAAAUAUGACUUGGCCGAUCAAAAUCAUAAAGUGAUUAGUAAUCAUGCAACCCGAUUCCAAGAAUCAUUCGCUAAUCUCCAAGAUCAAGCAAAUGCUAAUUAUGAUAAAAUUCUCCAACUUUGCACCGAUCUUAGUAAGAUUUGUUCUCGAUUCAACUUUGUUGAUGAACUUCAUGCGAAUAUUGAGAAUAUGCGGAUGGAUGCAAGAAACAUACAGAGCAUUGAUAUACGAACGAAGGCUGAAUCAGAUAUUAGGAAUCUUGAAACUUUUAUUAACGGUUUAUCAAAUAGAAUAGUUUAGAUUUAUAUGCGUUAGUUAAAAUUUCGAUUAAAUAGUUUAAAAGUUUUUUUUUAAUUAUUAAAUAAAAUCUUUUAGAAAAAUCAAAUGCUUUAUACAAUGAAGAUUAGUUAAAUAAAGUUGUCCAUUUAUUUUUUAACGUACUU